GGGAACUCCAUCCAUUUCCACCAUUUUCUCCAACUUGAGACACGAGACAAACAUUAGCAUGAUGUCGUAUCUAAAGCAACCACCUUACACAGUCAAUGGCCUCAGCUUAACCACUUCCGGAAUGGACCUUUUACAUCCGUCCGUGGGCUAUCCAGCGACGCCAAGGAAGCAGAGAAGAGAGCGGACUACUUUUACGCGCGCGCAGCUCGACGUCUUGGAGGCGUUGUUCGCUAAGACGAGGUAUCCGGACAUAUUCAUGCGCGAAGAAGUGGCUCUCAAAAUCAAUCUACCCGAGUCGCGUGUCCAGGUGUGGUUCAAGAACCGGCGGGCCAAGUGUCGUCAGCAACAACAGCAGCAGCAGAACGGGGGUCAGAACAAGGCGCGGCCUGCCAAGAAGAAAAGCUCCCCCAGCCGAGAAGUGAGCUCCGAGAGCGGUGCCAGCGGCCAGUUCACUCCCCCCAGCAGCACCGCCACAGCCGUCCCGGCCAUCUCCAGCAGCACGGCGCCGGUGUCCAUCUGGAGCCCGGCUUCCAUCUCCCCGCUUUCGGACCCGCUGUCUACCUCGUCGUCAUGCAUGCAGAGGUCAUACCCAAUGACCUACACGCAGGCCUCAGGCUACGGCCAGGGCUACGCCGGCUCUACGUCUUACUUCGGGGGCAUGGACUGCGGCUCUUACCUCACCCCCAUGCACCAUCAGCUGUCUGGCCCGGGCUCGACCCUGAGUCCAAUGAGCACGAACGCGGUGGCGGGACACCUCAACCAGUCCCCGGCGUCGCUCUCCGCGCAGGGCUACGGCACGUCCGGCCUGGGCUUCAAUUCCACGGCGGACUGCCUGGAUUAUAAGGACCAAGCGGCGUCGUGGAAGCUGAACUUCAAUGCCGAUUGCUUGGAUUAUAAGGAUCAGACCUCCUCGUGGAAAUUCCAGGUCCUGUGA